AUGGACGUGUCCCGGGGUGGGCUCCGCCGACGACCUGAUCUGCCACCCCCCGCCCCCCUCAAUAUCAACCCCGGACCCCCACCUCCAAUCAGGCGCGUUCACUCCGGGUUUUACGAUGUCACUGACAGCGCCUCCUGCUCGCUCUCCACCUCCCGCACCUCGGUGUCCAGCGAGUGCCCGUCCAGCUCGCUGUGGAGCGUGCAGUCCGGCUGCCAGCCCCCCCGGCCCAGCGCCAGCCGCAGCCGGCCGCGCUCCACCGACGACGCGGCCGUCCGAUCGACAGAGCUCGGCGCGCAGCGGCUGGACGGGGGCGGGGGCUGGAGCAGGCUCAACCGCAGGAGCAGGGUCUCCCAGCGGCCGGUCUCAGCAGGUGAGCUGACCUUCCUCUGCCGGGACCGUGGCGCCACCCGCCUGUCCUGCAGCUGCCCGGCCACCUCCCCGGCCCCAGGCCCCGGCCCCAGGUUCCGCUGCGACCUGGUGUCGAGGCACGGCGGCGAGGUCUACCACUACCCGAGCCCGCUGCACGCCGUGGCCCUGCAGAGCCCGCUCUUCACCGCCUCCUCCAGCCGCCCCACGGACGGGGAGGAGGAGGCGGCCUGCGUUCCGGAGCUGGGGCCGGGGCCAGGGGCCGGAGCCGGGACCCAGGCCUACCCCCGGGCCAGCAGGGACAGGCUGGACCGCUACAUCUGCGGCCUGGUUCUCCGCUCCAGGCCCGGGCCUCCGCUCGCCUCCCAACCCAAGGGCUUCAGCCUGUCGCCGGGGUGCAGCCAGGGCCACCCCGGGGCCUGGAAGGGAAGCAGGAGGGGGAUCGCCACCAGCUGCCCAGCCCCGGCCACCGAGGCCCCGGCCCCGGAGGCCCCGCUCUACCGUGGGAAGCACCUCCACCGGGAGCUGGUGAGGUGCCCGGCCACCGGCGAGCGGGACGUCCCAGACCACAGGGGCCGCCGGGCCGACCUCUUCAAGCGGCUGAGCUCCAGCAGGAGGUCGGCCUCCCGCUCCAGCUCGGAGGUCAACCUCAGCUCGGCUUCCCUGCACAGGCCCGAGGCUUCGCCGGGGCUCGAGUGCCGUCCCGGGCCGGUCAGGAGGAAGCAGAAGUGGACGUCGGUGUUGGAGAUCCCGGCCCCGGGCAGGGCCAAGAGGUCCGGCCUCCUGGGGCAGGCGCAGGCCUUCCUCAGCCGGCACCACAGGGCCUCACCGGGGGAGGGGGAGGAGGAGGAGGAGGAGGAGGAGGGGGGUGCCGGCUGGGUCCGCGGGGCUCAGGCCCGGACCCUGCCCCGCGCCGCCCCGGUCCCCGAGGCCGGCUUCCACCGCUCCAGGUCCUUCAAGGAGCUCAGGAGGAAGGUGCAGUUGUCCAUCAGGCCCUGGUCGCUCAAGGUCAACGGUGCUCCCAAAUGAGGGGAGGCUCCCUCGUCCGAGUGGGUGACCCUCUGAGGUCCCUCCUCCCGCUCCCUCCCCCUCUUCCCUCUACUCGCUUUCUCCAUGGGAACCCCUCUGGGGGCCUUUCCCUCGGCCCCCUCCUCCACUCCACUCCACCUCUACUCACUUCCUCUGUGGUGGCCCAUCCGCAGCCAUCCCCCCCUCCUCUCCUCUCCCUCCCUUCCCCUCUAUCCUCUCCCCUCCCUGUCCCCCUCAUCCAUGUCAGACGACGAGCCACACUUGGCUUCCAACCAUCCCCCCCCCCCCCCCCCCCCCCCCCGAUCUCUCUGCAACACCCCCGCCACCCCUCGCUGGCUGAGCCUUUGGGACCCAGCCCCUCGGAAACAAAGACUCACCGAGGAAAAAAAAAACCAAAACUGUGAACCUCCCGGUGGGGAGGGUGAGUGGUCGGGCAAAGACUGACUAAAACCUGCACCUCGUGCCUUAGAGUGCGGACUGGCGAUGAAUCGUUUUAGCAAAGAUAAUUAUUUAAAGUAUCCUCAUGCUGGGUUGUAAUAUUUUUGGAUGGUAGAUUUGUAGAGUUGGAAUAAAUAAAACUAUUGACCAAAGAUCACCUGGAGGUGCCUCCUGUC